AUGUGUACCAUUAGGUGUUUAGUUGCUUUUGCCAUUAAGAAAGGGUGGCCCUUGUAUCAGCUGGAUGUGAAUAAUGUCUUUCUUGAUGGGGACUUAGAUGAAGAGGUGUAUAUGAAGCUUCCGCAAGACCUCACAAUUGUUACCUUUUCUCAAUUUGCUUCGCAUUUGGUUCGUAAGUUGCGAAAAUCCCAUAAUGGUUUAAGACAAGCCUCUAGACAAUGGUAUGCUAAGUUGUCACAGGCACUUUGCACUAGAGGUUAUACACAUUCCUUAAAUGAUUACUCCAUUUUUAUUAAAAGGUUAGAUUCAUCUAUUGUGUUUUUUGCUGUCUAUGUGGACGACAUUAUUCUCACUGGGGAAGACCAUCAAGAGAUCAAUGACCUCAGAAUAUUUUCAAAUGGUCAGUUUAAAAUUAAAGACUUAGGAUUACUCAACUACUUUAUGAGAAUUGAGUUGUUGUCUGUUGAUUCUGGGGUGCUUUUUCAUCAGAAGAAAUUUAUUUCUGAGCUAGUUGCUAAAUAUGAAUGUUCUGAUGCUUCUGUUGUCUCUUCUCCACUUGAGCUAUGUGUUAAACUCAAAUAUGAUGUUGGGAUCUUGCUGCCCAAUCCUGAAUCCUAUAGAAGUUUGGUUGAAAAUUUGAAUUUCUCACUUAUACUAGGCCAGAUUUAUAUUUUGAUGUACAACAUUUUAGUCAAUUUUUUAUCACCCUGUGUGCCUCAUAUGAUUGUUGCAUUACAUGUUUUAAGAUAUUUGAAAGGUACACAUGAUGUUAGGGUUUAUUUCAAUGAUUCUUCUAACUUUUCUGUACAAGCUUUUUAUGACAGUGAUUGGGCUUCUUGCCUGACUAGCGCGGAUCAGUUUCUGGUUUUUGUGUGUCUUUAG